AUGGUUUCGACAGAGAAUUUACGCGUUGUUUUGUGGGUAUAUAAAAUCGCCAUGUAUUGCUCUGUAUUUCAGACUUUAUUCCAAGAUGACUGAAGUUAGACAACGGCUGCUUUCUUCCCUUUCACUCCAUAAUGUGACUGUUGGGCCUAAUGAUGAACAAGUUGGAAAGGAUUUCUAUAAGUAGUAAGUUGACUUUCAGUGGAUAAUCAGAGAUUUGUUUUGGUUAGUAAAACCGGUUAUAUUGGAAAAUUGGUGUUUUUGUUUUUCAGCUUCUUCACCAACUUCCCUGAUCUCCGCGUCUACUUCAAAGGAGCUGAGAAAUACACUGCGGAUGAUGUCCAGAAAAGCGAACGAUUUGAGAAACAAGGCCGACGCUUGAUACUCGCCUGCCACUUCCUUGCUACCAAUGCUGAUCAGCCCGAGAUUAUAAAGGCCUACGCUCGAGAACAAGUUAUCCGCCAUCGCCCAUUCAAGAUGCAACACGCUCUGUGGAGAGCAUUCUUUGACGUUUGGCUUGGAUAUUUGGCCAGCCGAGGACCUGUGGAUGAGCAGACAAAGAAGGAUUGGAUUGAGGUCGGCACUAUUUUCGCUGAGGAGUGCGUUCGAUAUGGCAAGGAGAUCGGAGUUGGACACGAUUGA